AUGUCGGUGGUCUCAAAAAACCCUUUCGCCCUUCUCGAUGAUGAUGAGGUCCAGUCCGCACCUGCCCCUCCAAAGGCAGAGUCUACCCCCGCUCCAGCUCCCGCUUCUCGUGGUCAGGCCCAAAAGUCCAGAGGAGGCCCUGCCGCUCGUGGUGGCAAGUACUACGCCCGCGGUGGCAAGCCCACAUCCAAGGACUCUACUCCUGUAACUGAGGAGACCGAGGGCCAGAAGAAAUACGAGGGUCGCGAAGGUGGUCGUGGCAGAGGCGGCCGUGGCGGCUCCCGUGGUGGCCCCCGUGGCAGAGGCCGUCCCUUCGACAGGCAUAGCCAGACCGGCAAGACCGACUCUGACAAAAAGGUCCACCAGUCCUGGGGUGGUGACGACGGCAAUGCCGAGCUAAAGACCGAAGAAGCUGCUGCCAUCGACGCUGUCGCCGAGUCCGCUACCAACGACUGGGGCACUACUGGCGCUGCUGACGCAGAUGCUUGGGGCGCUCCCGCUGCUGACGCCGCUCCUGCUGACGGCGAUGCCAAGCCCGAGGGUCGUUCCCGCAGGGAGAGAGAACCCGAGGAAGAGGAUAACACCCUCACCCUCGACCAGUACCUUGCCCAGCAGAAGGAGAAGGAGGCUGCCGCCAUCCCCAAGUUGGAGAAUACUCGUCAGGCCAAUGAUGGUGCUGAUGACGUCUUCAAAGAUGCUGUCGUCCUCACCAAGGACGAAGAAGAUGCCUACUUUGUUGGCAAGGGCAAAGCCGCUCCCAAGGCCCGUGCCAAGAAGGAAGAAAAGGUCUACCUCGAAAUCGAUGCUCGCUUCGAGCGCCCCGACCGUGGUGCUGGUCGUGGUCGUGGAGGUCGCGGUGGUGAUCGUGGCGACAGGGGCCGUGGCUCCCGUGGCCGUGGUGCCCCCAGGGGUAACCGCCCCAACAACGGCGCCCCCGUCGUCAACGUCGAUGACCAGACCGCCUUCCCCUCCCUCUCCUAA